AUGACUGAAGACAUGAACAGCACUAUGGGGGAAGAAUAUAACAUACAGCACUUGGCUAUUCAUGUUGCAGCAGGAAUUACAUUCACAGCAGGAUUAAUGAUAAAUGGAUUUAUUGUUGCUGUGAAUGUCACUGACUGGAUGAAACAAAGAUCUGUGACCUCUACUGACCAGAUUCUCACCUCCCUCGCAGUCACAAGGGUGUUCUUUCAAUCUGCCUGCCUGUUGCACAUCUUUCUUCAUUAUCUCUUCAUAGAAAUUAGUAUUAUACUUAACAUAAUUAUGUAUUAUAUUUUUGCAGUCUCCUUUUACACCAGCAUCUGGUUAGCAAACCUUCUCUCUGUUGUCUUCUGCCUGAAGAUCUGCAACUUCCACAAUGUCUUCUUCCUACGUCUGAAGAUAAUGAUAUUACAGAGGGUCGUCCAUCUGAUCAUUGCUUGUGUGCUGGUGCCCAUUUGUUACAGUUCAACAUAUUUUAUGAUCUUUACAAUUGAAAUCCCUAAGAAUUCAGCAAACAAAUCAAAUAACUGGGAAAUAGAUGAUAAAGCAGUUCUUGUGUUUUUAUUGUGGGAUAUUGUCCUGUUUCUCAUGUUCUUCGUGUCAACAGUCCUUCUUAUUUCCUCUUUGUGUCAUCACGUGAAUAGGAUGAGAUGUGACAGAGCUGUACCAGGACAAUUGGACACUUAUUACAAGACCAUAAAGUUCUCAGCUACUUCAUUUCUUAUCUAUGCCUUUUAUUUCAUUGCAUAUAUGACUACAUGGUUCUAUAAGGGAUCACUUGAUGAUGUAGGAAUUAAUUUUAGCUUGAGUGUCUUACCAACUCUGCAUUCUAUGUACCUGAUCUAUGUAACAGCCAGGCUACGGUGCCGGUUAUUCACAAUUGUCCAACAUGGAGCCAAACGCUGGAUCUGA